UCAAACACUGGCAUGAAGCAGGAAGUAGCCGCUCUUGGAGAAAACACCGCUGAAUAAAAGCCUGCAGGUGGAUACCGAACAUCGUCAGAGCUAAUGGGAGGAGUGGCUCUAGGACAUCUUUAACAUUAGCUGGUGGUGAUGAAGGCAGGUUGUCGGACACUAACACACUGUUUGUCCGUUGUCUGUCCCGUUGUGUCGGCUAACGAGUCAUUUAGAGGUUAGCGCUCUGCACUGUAGCCAGACACACCACAGACAUGCUUAUAUCACAUUUGGAGCUAUGGACAACUUGUUGGGAGUGUGUUUCCAGACCUUAUACGGUGUUCAUCUGCUCCCUCACGGCCGCAUUGUACUGUCUGUGGGGCCGCAAGUGUCAGACUCCAGGCUUAAUUUCUAGCAAGGCUUUUAGCGCAUUCCUUCACAAGCACUGUCCUUUGGUGGCUGAGCGCUUCAGUCCCACUCCAUGGUGCUGGGGAGGCCGGCUUCAGACUGUGGUCUGUGCCCUCUUCAAGUCCAGACUCCCUGUCACUUAUCGCAAUGAGCUGAUCCAUACUGUUGAUGGUGGUCAGAUCUCUCUGGACUGGGUGGACAAUCAGGCCAGUGCAACCUACACAGAAUCCUCUACCCGUCCCACGGUACUGAUCCUCCCAGGCCUGACCGGGAACAGCCAGGCGGCCUAUGUGCUCCAUAUUGUUAGCCAGGUCACUCGCCGCGGCUACAGAUGUGUGGUCUUCAACAACAGAGGUGCUGGAGGGGAAGAGUUGUUGACACCUGUCACCUACUCUGGAGCUAAUACCUCAGAUCUUGAGCGUGUGGUUCACCAUGUCAAAGGACUUUACCCACAUGCCCCUGUGCUUGGUGCUGGUUUUUCUUUUGGAGGCAUGUUAUUGUUAAACUACCUGGCCCGUAAGCGCACAGAGUCAGGGAUGGUGGCAGGUUUCACCAUCUCUGUCCCCUGGGAUGCCCUGAAGUCUGCCGCCUCAGUGGAAGAACCACUCAACUGGCUGCUCUUCAACAAAUACCUCACGAAUGGCCUGUGUCGUGCUGUUAUCAGGAACAGGAAGGUUCUGGAGAAAGUGGGGGACAUUGACCAUGUCUUAAAGGCACAGACAAUCCGUGAGUUUGACGAGCGCUUCACCAUUUUGCAGUUUGGUUAUAAAUCUUGUACAGACUAUUACCGCGAUGCCAGCCCAGACAAAAAGCUCCCCAGUACAGCCGUGCCCAUCUUGUGUCUCAACGCUGCUGAUGACCCCCUGUCUCCCCAAAAUGCCUUCCCGUUGACCAUAGUCCAGGGCCUGCCCAAUGUUGCUCUGUUGUUGACAGCACAUGGUGGACACAUCGCCUUCCUGCAGGGUUUGUUUCCCUUUGGUGAGACCUACAUGGAGCGCCUGUUCGGUCAGUUUGUUCAAGCCGUCUUUGAACACCCGACUGACAUCAAAAAAGCCUGUGGCAUUAAGGAGGAGAAGAUGAGCUAAUUGUUUUUCACACCGUCACUCGUUUUGUACUCUGAACCUGACAUAAUAUGAGAAUGACUGCUAGCUGUAAAGACUAUGAUCCACUGGCAUCUUGGCAACAAUUCCAAAAAUGCACUGCUUAGCUUUGCAUGCUGUUAUCUUACCACAGAAGUCGGCUUUUCACCGAGAAUGACAGCUGUAUUGUACAAUCAUAUGACCUUACUGCAAAUAAGCUAAUCUACCUCCUCAUUGUCUCAGGUUCUCUUUUAAAUGAGCAAUCUAAGAAUAUUUUAAAAAAAAAAAGUCAUGAAUUCAUUUUUAUAAGAAUUCAAGAAAUCCUCCAGCCAAUUGAUAACUUAAUGCCUAAUAUUGUAUUUACACAAAAAUAAUAUAUGGAUUAGUUUUUCUUUUUAAAUUAUUUGUCAAUAGAAUGUAAAUAGCUUUUCCCCCUCCUCCUCUCCGUCCCAACUUCACAUGAAGCACUGUAGCAUGAGUUGGAAAUAAAACGCACAAAUAGACCUUGAAAGAAAACACCUAGGAUUUUAGGUGCAGUUAUAAAAUGUGAUUUAAAUAGGAAUUAAUUGAAUAUAAAAGAUAGAACAGUAGUAUUGUCCUAUUGAUAUUGUUUUGCCUCAUAUGCUACGUUGAUUUUGAAGUGUGUAACAUACCUUAUACUACCCAUGUUUUAGCCCUGCAUGCAUACUUGACAUACAAUCUGUCAAUGCAUACCAGACUCUUGAGGUAAUCCAGCAAAUAGCAAUACAGAAGAAAUAUACAUAUCUGCCUUGAAGAAAAAAGACUUCUAUAAUUGCAAAAUACAUUUAUAAUCUGACAGAUUUUUAAAACAAAAUUUUGAGUAUUAUAUGCUUGAAUAUGCUUUUUCAGUAGACUUCAUUGCAUUGUAAAUUAUGCAGUUCAUCAGAGGUAAAAGAGCUAACACUCACUGAAAACCAGUAAAUCUAGGUGUGUUACUUUAGGUAUUUGUACCUGGUGUUCUAAAAUAAUAAUUAUUUAAUAGCGAGUGCUUCUGAAUUCAUGUCUGUUGCAAUCUGCCUUUUUUUGUCACUGAAACAUUGUUAGAGGAAUGGGCGCUAGAUAAAAUAAUGUCUAUAGUGUGUGUAUUGUGACCACUUUUAGUCCACAUGAUAAUUAUUUGGUGUGUAGAUGUAGAUAUAGGAGGGCAUUUCUCUUGAAAUGUAAUGACUAAUUUGAAGUAUUUGUAGGACCAGGUCUGUAUGUGUGUACACUGAAUGUAUUUUAAAAUCGGUAGAGAAUAUGCUAAAUGUCUUAUCAUGUGUAUCACCAACAGUGCACUGAUGAUACAAACACAUGUAUUAUGCCAAUUCCAAGGUAUUGCAGAAUGAAUGUUUGACUUGACCCAUAAUGGGAAAUGCUAUCAACUGUGGCCCAAGAACAUGAACGUUAAAGAUUAAGAUUAUAGUAGCAAAUGUUGUGAAUUGCUGUGUUAUUGAAUUUAUUUGCUCAUGAUUUCUUUGCAGAUGUUUACUACAUUCACUUUCCUUUAAUUGCUGUGUAUUUAUUGAAAAAAAAAAUUUGUUUUGUUUUACUUCUGUGUAAGAUGUAACCACAACUUUGGGCAUUAUGAACCAUCUAUUCUGUCUUCGGUAACUGAAUUAUACUUGAAUUAAAGAAUGAAGAUGAAAGAAGA